UUAUUUCCCUCCUUCAGUCACUACUAACCCACAGCAUACCAGCUUUUUCCUUUCCCAUCGACUCUCUUUUCAAUCACAAAAGAGUCACCGUCAAGAUGGGUAUUGAUCUCGACCGCCACCACGUGCGCAGCACCCACCGAAAGGCGCCCAAGAGCGACAAUGUCUACCUCAAGCUCUUGGUGAAGCUGUACCGCUUCCUAGCCCGCCGAACAGACUCCAACUUCAACAAGGUCGUCCUCCACCGCCUUUUCAUGUCCCGCAUCAACAAACCCCCCGUCUCCCUUUCUCGCGUCAAGAGCCAGCGCUCUAAGGAGGAUGAGGGCAAGAUCGUUGUUGUUAUUGGUACCAUCACCGACGACAACCGCCUCCUCGAGGUCCCCAAGGUUACCAUCGCCGCUCUGCGAUUUACCGCCACUGCCCGUGCUCGCAUUCUUGCCGCCGGUGGUGAGGCAUUGACCAUCGACCAGCUGGCUCUCCGCGCCCCUACCGGCAAGAACACCCUGCUUCUCCGCGGCCCCAAGAACGCCCGUGAGGCUGUUAAGCACUUCGGUUUCGGCCCCCACAAGCACAAGAAGCCAUACGUCCAGUCCAAGGGCCCCAAGUUCGAGAAGGCCCGUGGUCGCAGACGGUCAAGGGGUUUCAAGGUCUAAGGGGGAAAAAAUGGCGUGGGUUAGGUCUUGUGUUGCGUCUCUUCCGAUAUACCAUGAAUACAGUUCUCAACUGGAAGAGGGUUACGCUACUUCAGGAGUGGUUUAUGCAUGGCUUGGCGUGAUACGGGAUUACAGAAUCAAUUCAUACAAAAUUGAGAUGCUUUGCCACUUUUCUGACAACGAU